AUAUUUCCUCUCAGGAGGUCGGUUUAUAAACCCAAUAAAUUUCACCAGGAAACACACAGAAAAUCCGAGAAAAUUUUCCCUUUUCCUCUCAAGUGGAAAACGCACAAUCCGUAGAAGGAGAGAGAGAAAGAGAGAUAGAGAGACGAAGGGAGGCCUUUGGGCAUUUCUGGAAUAUUUGAUUGGUACUCUUGAUCAGUCUUGGAAGGAAUUGAUUGUGAUCAUUUUCGUUUCGGUGGAUCCUACUUUUGGGGGGCUUGCAUAUUAGAUUAUGAGUUUUCAAGCUCGAAAUGAUCGGAGAGAUAGAGCUAGAUUUCCCAACCAAACCGGUAGGCAAGCAUGGGUCCCUAGAGGAUCUGCCCCUCAUGCUGUGAAUUCACACCCGAACCCGUCAUCUGGUUUCAAUUCCAAUCCGAACGGGAUUGGUGGGGACUCAAAUUUCAGUUCCGCACCACCGGAUGGUCCGAGUAGGGGAGGUUUUGGGUCAAGGAAUUAUGCAGCUAGACCUUCUAAUCAGAGAAGGGAGAGGGUGGAUGAUCAGGAGGUGAAGGGGCCGAAGGACUUGAAUUCAAAUUUGCCGCAGCUUGUGCAGGAAAUCCAAGAGAAAUUGAUGAAGGGGAGUGUUGAAUGUAUGAUUUGUUAUGAUAUGGUCAGGAGAUCAGCUCCCAUUUGGUCUUGCUCGAGCUGUUAUUCAAUUUUCCAUUUGAAUUGUAUCAAGAAAUGGGCCCGGGCGCCUACCUCUAGUGAUUUUUCUGUUGAGAAGAAUCAGGGGGUCAACUGGCGAUGCCCUGGAUGUCAAUCAGUGCAGCUCACAGCUUCAAAGGAGAUUCGGUAUGUUUGCUUCUGUGGAAAGAGGUCUGACCCGCCUUCGGAUUUGUAUUUGACACCUCAUUCUUGUGGAGAGCCUUGUGGGAAGCCACUCAAUCGAGAGAUUAUAGGUUCUGGUGAGAGUAAUGAGGAUUUUUGCCCCCAUGUCUGUGUCUUGCAAUGCCACCCAGGUCCAUGCCCUCCGUGUAAGGCUUUUGCACCGCCUCGAUUGUGCCCUUGUCGGAAGAAAACAAUUACAACACGAUGCUCUGAUCGGAAAUCUGUUCUCACUUGUGGUCAGCGUUGUGAUAAACUCCUUGAAUGUGGGCGUCACCGUUGUGAGCGCAUGUGCCAUGUUGGUGCUUGUGAUCCUUGUCAGGUUCUGGUCAAUGCCUCUUGCUUUUGCAAGAACACGGUGGAGGUUGUUCUUUGUGGGUCCAUGGCUGUGAAGGGAGAACUAAAAGCAGAGGAUGGUGUUUUCUCAUGUCGUUGGAUCUGUGGAAAGGAGCUUUUCUGUGGAAAUCACGAUUGUGAUGAAAUUUGUCAUCCAGGGCCAUGUGGGGAUUGCAACUUAAUGCCAAGCAGGAUUAGGACAUGCUAUUGCGGUAAAACAUCAUUGCAGGAGGAACGGCGUAGCUGUUUGGACCCAAUUCCAACCUGUCUUCAGAUCUGUGGCAAGCCCCUCCCUUGUGGAAUGCACUUCUGUAAGGACACAUGCCAUGCUGGGGAUUGUGCACCAUGUUUGGUGCUUGUCAAUCAAAAAUGCCGUUGUGGAUCAACAUCUCGAACUGUAGAAUGCUACAAAACCACGGCGGAGGAGAAAUUUACCUGUGAGAAGCCUUGUGGGCGGAAGAAGAACUGUGGAAGGCACCGUUGUAGUGAACGGUGCUGUCCUCUCUCUAAUUCUGGCAAUGUUCUCUCUGGUGAUUGGGAUCCGCACUUAUGUUCAAUGACAUGUGGAAAGAAACUAAGGUGUGGACAGCACUCUUGUGAAAAUCUUUGCCAUAGUGGCCAUUGCCCUCCUUGCCUUGAAACAAUCUUUACUGAUUUAACAUGUGCAUGUGGGAGAACUUCAAUCGCUCCUCCAUUGCCUUGUGGUACCCCCACUCCAUCAUGUCAGUACCCAUGCUCAGUUCCUCAGCCAUGUGGUCAUUUAUCUUCUCACAGCUGCCACUUUGGAGACUGCCCACCUUGUUCAGUUCCUAUAGCCAAGGAGUGCAUUGGUGGACAUGUGGUUCUCAGGAACAUCCCUUGUGGGUCAAGGGAUAUUAGAUGUAACAAGCUUUGCGGCAAGACCAGGCAAUGUGGUAUGCAUGCUUGUGGGAGAACUUGUCACCCUCCUCCUUGUGAUUCUUCCUGUGCAUCUGGCUCUGGUUUGAAGUCUUCAUGUGGCCAGACAUGUGGUGCUCCGAGGAGAGAUUGCAGGCAUACAUGCACUGCCCCUUGUCACCCUUCAUCUCCUUGUCCUGAUUCAAGAUGUAAUUUCCCUGUCACAAUCACCUGUUCUUGUGGCCGAAUAAGUGCAACUGUUCCUUGUGAUGCUGGAGGCAGCAGUGUGGGGUUUAAUGGUGAUACAGUCUCUGAAGCUUCCAUUAUCCAAAAGUUGCCAGUACCACUUCAACCUGUGGAAGCAAAUGGCAGGAAAAUUCCUCUUGGACAGAGGAAGCUUGCCUGUGAUGAUGAAUGUGCAAAACAGGAACGGAAACGAGUUCUUGCAGAUGCUUUUGAUAUCACCCCCCCAAACUUGGAUGCCCUUCAUUUUGGUGAGAAUUCUGUUGUUUCUGAAUUGCUUGCAGAUCUUUUUAGGCGUGAUCCAAAGUGGGUGUUGUCUGUGGAAGAAAGAUGCAAGUUUUUGGUCCUAGGGAAAACCAGAGGAACUACCAGUAGUCUUAGGGUUCACGUUUUCUGUCCAAUGCUGAAGGAAAAGAGAGAUGCUGUAAGGCUGAUAGCUGAGAGGUGGAAGCUUUCAGUUAAUUCUGCUGGGUGGGAGCCAAAGCGUUUUAUUGUUGUUCAUGUUACGCCCAAAUCCAAAAUCCCAGCUCGUGUGCUUGGUGCUAAGGGUUCCACCCCCUUAAAUGUGUUAAAUCCUCCGGUUUUUGAUCCAUUGGUAGAUAUGGAUCCCAGGCUUGUUGUUUCUUUACUUGAUUUGCCAAGGGACGCAGAUAUAAGUGCAUUGGUUCUGAGGUUUGGUGGGGAGUGUGAACUAGUUUGGUUGAAUGACAAGAAUGCGCUGGCCGUGUUUAGUGAUCCAGCCCGAGCAGCAACUGCGAUGAGGAGGUUAGAUCAUGGAUCAGUGUAUCAUGGUGCUGUUGUGAUCCCUCAAAAUGGCAUUGCACCAGUGGCUUCACAAGGUGCCAAUGCCUGGGGAGGAGCAGCAGGGGGAAUGGCCAAGGAGGGCCGUAAUCAAUGGAAGAAGGCAGUGGUUCAGGAGUCUGGUUGGAGUGAGAGUUCCUGGGGUGGUGAAGACUGGUCAGCUGGUUCUGUGGAUCUGCAGGCAUCUGUUUGGAAAGGGAAGGAAUCCCCCAUUGUUGCUUCUGUAAACCGAUGGAAUGUUUUAGAGCCUGAAUCGGUUUCAAGCUCAUCUACCUCUUCUGUCAAAACCGAGGAUUCCGGAAAAAGAGUGGGAAAUCAAUCUGUGCCCGGUUUGGAACCAAGUCCAAGUCAUUCAAAUUCAGCAGAGACAGAAGGAGAUACAAGCGAAGCAGAUGCAUCAGAAGUAGUAGAUGACUGGGAAAAGGCUUAUGAAUGAGAAAAUAUAGAACAAAAAAGGAAACAUCAUCUUCCUCAGAAUUGAAAAGUUCUAGACAGAUAGAUGAGUAACUUUUAUAGCUUACCCUGCCGGUCUUUUUGGUUUCCUUUUUCCCCCCUUUUUGGUGAGAUUUCUUUCCCUCGGAUUGUGGGAAAACAAAGGUUUUGGACUUGUGGUGUUGGUUACAAUACCCAAUAGCAUUGGAUGGUCUCAAUAGUUUCGAUCUAUCGGGGAAUUGUAGAGGCAGCAUGUACCUAUGUUGUAUGGAAGAAAUAUUAAUGCUGUAAAAGUGAAUCCUUGUUAUAUUGAAGACAUUAAAACCUACCAGCAUAUUCUGGCUGUGAUUUGAGUUGGCCUAAAAGUUUCCCCAA